AUGAUCUCCCAAGUCUCAACCGACCUUCUACUAGCAGAAGACGAUCCUGUAAUCGGCUUCCAAAAGAAAGAUCUAAUUGGCCUUAAUCUAUCACACAAUGAUGCUCUUGUCAUCAGCAUUCAAAUCGCUCAAGCCAUGGUCAACCGAAUCCAUGCAGACGAGGGUAGUGCAGCCAACAUCCUACAAUUGACAGUUAUCCAACAGAUGGGCUUAGAGGCAAAGAUCAAUAAAUCAGCCAAGUCGCUGACUGGCUUCAAUGGAGCAACAACGGUUACUGUAGGCAAGAUAGAGCUCGACGUCUACGCCCCACCUGUAAUCAGCUCGUAA